GGUGGUUGUCUCGAAACCGCUGGUUGUUUUCGACCCGAUAAAUCGAAAAAAUACGCGAUAUAUUAUGACUUAUUCCGAAGAAAUGUGACUGAAAGUGGUACAUAAAGCGAACGAAAUCGUGUAGAGAAAGUGGUGGGAGCGGUCGUAACGGCGACCAGAUGAGCUUGUGUGCUAGCGAGACAGGACAGCCACAAAAAUUGCUCCCCACGGCAGCCCCGCGCGCGCCUACAUCGCCUACCACAAGCUGGGCGCUGACAUGGAUGCCCAGACGCCGGGCGACGACUGCGCCAUACAUCCCAGCGGCUUUUACCUGUUGGCAACGCUGCUGCUCACCAGUUGCUCCACGGCGAUGUUAUGCGCGGCCAUCAUGACGGAGCACUGGGAGCACGUGUCCUGGGAGAGGAGCGCCCUCACCGCGCUGGCCAACGCCUCCAACACGGCGAUACACUGGCUGCUGGACGACAAGGUCGCUAAGGUCGAAGACGGAAACCGAAAAGGCGGCGGCACGUUUUUGGUGCCAAUGAACGGGGGUAUUUGGACGAUGUGCGUGUCCCUAGAAGAUGAAGAAGUCUCAAUACUAUCCAGGGUGGGUUUCCCCAAACAGCCGCUGUGCACAAACUAUCUCGCAGACAACGACAGCGAGGAGCCUAGAUCCGACUGGCAACACCGUAUGCAGAAUCUAUCGAUAUCGUGUGCGCUGGUCUGCCUCAUAGUGCUGGGCAGCGCGGCCCUAGUGGGAGCAUUCGGCGUCUGCAAGCAUCAGAUCAGUGCAGUACUUGUUACUGGCGUUAUGUAUUUACUGGCCGGCCUCUUCGCGAUGUUCACCCUAAUGAUCAUCCACGUGAAGCGUGUCCAGCGAGUCUCCACCCGGGGCUCCUCUGACGACACCGACGAUGGGGUGCUCGGCCCCCGCGGCCCCGCCCUCACGCUACUAUCAGCGAGGGAGUUCACCACCGCCUGGUCGCUCGAGCUGGGCUGGGGCGGAGUCGCCCUGGCUACCAUCACAUCGAUACUAUGGAUACUGUUGUCCAAGAUAAUGAGAUAUAACCCGCUGUCGUCGAUGCUGCUGUAAGCUCCAGGGCCCGAUCUAAGGGAUGAGCUGGCCAUUUGCCCAGAGCGGCAAAAAAUUAGGGGCGGCAAAAUUGACUAAUUUAUAUUUUCCUAGCUAUAAAGCUGCCCACGUUUGAGAAUUUUAACUUACAACCAACUUCAGGUUGGAUAGUGGAAAUAUUUAAAUAUUUAACCAAAAUUUGCCCCCAUUUCCAACAUAACUAGCUUAUUAAUUAUGUAUGUAAAGGGCGGCAAACAAUUUCUAUGCCCAGAGAGAUUAAAUAGCUAGAUCGGGCCCUGGUCAGCUCCUUUUUUUGGAUAUGAGAUCCAAUGCGAUUUUGGUUGGUUUGAGACUUUUUACUCUACUCCUUUCAGAUGUAGGUAAUGUCGACAAAAUUGGAAUUCGAUAAAACCCACUAUUUUGCGUCUGCAUUUGAACGCUUUAAAAAAUAAUUUUGUGAAAGCGAUUGCAACGAUUACAGACAUGUUUAAAAGAACUUGCAUAACGCGCAUGGGGGCGAAAUGCGAAGAUUGAAACGCUUGACCAGCAUAAGCUGAAGAUAUGCUAAUUAAGCGCCAUUAUUCUGUCGAUAUUAUACUAACAAUCUACAUUAUAAUAUUAACACUACAAUAUUACUAGAU